AUGCAAACGAGCCAGUUAGACACAGUUCGCACGGCACGACCUUCUCUAGCCGGAACCAUUGAGUCCAGCGAGUCCGCAUCGAGGGUUCUUCACCGCCUGGCAGAUCAUACUAAAAAGGCAUUCGCCGACUUUAAUGAGAUACAACCCCCACAGGUCCUCCAUGACCAGAUCGUGGCUCAGCUCAACAGCGUCUUGCAACAAUGCUUUAAGCGCCUUCACGAGCAGCGACCGGAAGACGCUGGUAGCAUCGAAAACGAGAUUAUUCACUACGCGGGUGAACGGAAAUCGCUGGAGUUGAAUGGCCUUAAGUACGCUGAGGACGCAUGGAAGGAGCGGGUCGCGACUGUUUUCCAAGAGUUAUCGGAUCGGCUCGUGGCAACACUACCACCCCCAUUCUUUCAGCAAUCUCUUCAAAAGUUUAAUGCAAGGACCUUGGAACCGUGCUUGCUCUAUGAUCCCGAGCAAGCUACCGAGGAGGUGCCGGACAGCGCCAGCCUCGGCACAUGCCACGAGAUCAACCGUCAUUCUGUCUCGAACAGUGGCCAGGCUGGACUGCUGCACGAAGCAGAGGAGUCUGCCUACCGAAAACGUGAAUGGUACGAUCAGGAGGAGCAGGCACUGGAGGAUCCAUCAAAUCAAAACAGACCGUUUGAGGGAGCUCAUAGAGCCACGGUGCUGGCUCGCGGCGGGUAG